UAUAUAUAUCGAAGCACCGUGGAGUGUGGACAGCGAUACAUACACUGUCGUUUCACGACAAUCAAUUCUAUAUUUAACAUUGAUCAAAAUAAGUAUACAUUCAAAAUUUUACGUCUAAAGAAUAAUAUGUAUAGAUUUAUGUAUAAAUUGUAAAAUAAAAUGUAAGACAAUUUAUAAAAAUGUGUUAGUAAAUUGAACAAGACCAUGUCUAAGGUUAUGUGAUAACCUAUAUCGUGUGACACGUUAAAGUAUUUCAAUCUAUUAAAAAUUUUGUAAUAUCAAAUUUGUUCGCUUUUUUACCAUCACGGUCGGGAAACGCGACAUGAAUAUGAUUUCGGAUCGCUACGGGCAGGGCAGAGUUUGGCAAAACAUUAAGAUAAGUGACAAAGACCACAUGGUAUGUUUUACAAAGGAAAAUGAAUCGUGGAAAGUUCUUUUAACAAACCAAAUAGAAAUUUGGACGGAGAUUCUGACAGACGAAACGAUGUUUCACAAAUGUCAGACCAUGAAUCCUCUUGUAAAUUUCGAGGCUUUUGACUGGAAGCAACUGGUACUAGACAUGUUAAACGAUAUCCCACAAUACGUGCACACAAACGUUCUAGAAGCUACUGCAUAUCGAAUAGAACUGCGGAGAGACAAGGAUUUCGUAAAAUUGAAGUUUUCGUUGGAUCUCCUCAAGGGAACGCCGCAGCAGUUUUGGGAGAACGUGACUAUGCCUCUCUGCUCGUCGUCAAUAGAAUUGUUUCGCCGGUACACAGCUCUGCUGGAUCUGGUGAAACAGAAGGAUGAAGAAAUCGCAGAAUACAAAGCGGAAGGCGCGGAGUUGAUUAGGAAAUACAUUGCUACGAAGCCAUUCAGUGAAGAACUGUUUCACACUGAUGCUGCUGGAUGCUCGGCUGCGACUGAUUUUGUAAAAACUUUCCAAUCUGUGCUUCAGUUUUAUAAUGAAAUAAACAUGCUAAAGUCACACGCGAAAUUAGAAUCUGAAAUAUCUUCGAACGGCGCAAGUGACACUAAUGGUCCAAAAAUUGAUGGGAAUGCUCUUCCCGAUUUGUCAAGGAACGAGUCUGUACAGGAUAAAUUGGAUGGUGAUGAGCAAAUACAUUCAAAAGUUGAGAGUGAAGCAGGUGCUUCUUCCAGCAAAGCUCCAAUUCUGAGAAUAAGUAACACAUCUCACAUGAUACAUAAGCUGAAAAAGAAUAAGAAAACUUUGAAUGAUUUCAUAACAUAGUAAAAUUUAAUUACUAAUUAGUAACUUAACAUUUUACUGCAUUAUGAAAUUAAGUAGCUUUGCAUUUUACCUUUAGAUUUGUGUUUUUCAUGCUUUUGUGAUAUGUGAUACAUGUGACCAAUGCUAGUUAUACGAUGAAAAAUGUUACAGAAUUAAUAUAUAAAUAAUGCAGAAAUGUAAUAUAUAUAAUAAAUUUAAUCUUAAAAUCUAGAGAAUUUAAGACCCACGAAAAUGAAAUAAGACAAGAAUCAAUUAUCUGUAAAGUUUAACGAAAAGUAAUAGCAAUUGUGUGCGCUUCCAGUAAUCCGUUAAUUAUAAGAUGAACAGUGUUCAAUUAUUCUAAUAGUGUUAAUAAAUGCACGAUAUAUUUU